AUGGCCGACCAGCCCGAGCGACUGAACAUAGACAGCAUGCUACAGAGGCUCCUCGAAGUGCGUGGAUCUCGACCAGGCAAGAGUGUGCAGCUUACUGAGAACGAGGUCCGCGGCCUGUGCCUCAAAGGGCGCGAGGUGUUGCUGACACAGCCCAUGCUGUUGGAGCUCGAGGCACCCCUAAAGAUUUGCGGUGACACCCACGGCCAGUACUACGACCUGCUCCGGCUGUUCGAGUACGGCGGCUUCCCUCCAGAGAGCAACUACCUCUUCCUGGGUGACUACGUAGACCGGGGACGACAUUCCCUGGAGACCAUCUGCCUCCUGCUUUGCUACAAGAUCAAGUACCCGGAGAACUUCUUUAUCCUGCGCGGAAACCACGAGUGCGCCUCCAUCAACCGCAUCUACGGCUUCUAUGAUGAGUGCAAGAGGAGGUUCAACGUCAAGUUGUGGAAGACGUUCACAGACAUCUUCAACUGCUUACCUGUGGCUGCCAUUGUAGACGAGAAGAUUUUCUGCAUGCACGGAGGUCUGAGCCCCGACCUCCAGUCCAUGGAGCAGGUGAAGCGGAUAAUGCGGCCGACGGACGUGCCCGAUCAGGGCCUGCUGUGUGACUUGCUGUGGGCCGAUCCCGACAAGGACAUCAUGGGUUGGGGGGAGAACGACCGGGGAGUCUCUUUCACUUUCGGUGCCGAUGUGGUCGCAAAGUUUCUGCACAAGCAUGACCUUGAUCUCAUCUGCAGGGCACACCAGGUUGUGGAAGAUGGGUAUGAGUUCUUUGCCAAGCGACAACUGGUUACUAUUUUCUCGGCGCCCAACUACUGUGGUGAGUUCGACAACGCUGGUGCCUUGAUGAGUGUCGACGAGACCCUCAUGUGCUCAUUCCAGAUUCUGAAGCCAGCAGACAAGAAAAAGUUUCCUUAUGGUGGCAUUGCAGCGGGAGGGCCCAAGCCCACUGCACCACAUCGUGUACAGACACCUCAGGUCAGACGCCUGAGACCUCUCUAG